AGAAAGGACGCCAACACAGAAUAUGUAACAAUGGUGCAGGGAGUAUCGUUUGUGUCCGGAUUCGUGUGUGGUAUAGUACUGUACUUUGUAGCAUUUCCUAGUCCUUCCGUGGUUUUCUUCCAAUUGGAGUCUUCGAAUGAAGAUCAGAUUGUUGGGAAAUUAUCGCAAAAUUUUUAUCUUGACGAUGGAGAGGAGGAAAUCCUACAAAGUUCCAUGAUUAACGAUUCCAGAUUUCAUGAAGAUAAAAAUACUUUGGGCAAAACUCUCCAGGAGAACGUAAGAGUCCACUGUGUUAUAUUCUCCAGUGAUUAUACUGGUGGAAGUCGCCUCUCGAUAGCUGUUGCCAAGACGUGGGCAAAGAGAUGUUCAUCCGCCAUCUUCAUUGGGAGGAAGACCAAUAGACAUUUCCCCUACCCCAUGAUACAUACUAAUUUCUCUUUUUACCAGUCAGAUCAUGCGGCCAAAAGUGUAUUUAGUGUUGCUGUAUUAGAAACUUUUAAAAGAUACUUUGAUCGAAACGAGUGGUUUCUGUUUGCUGCGGACAACACAUUUGUGAUAAUGGAAAACUUGCGGUACUACCUCUCUAAGCAGAAUGCAUCGGAACCAGAAUAUUUUGGAACAAUAUCAAAAGCAGCCAGAGGCAUAGCUUGGCCUUAUCACAGUGGAAUAACUGUAUUUAGCAAGGCGUCAAUGAAAAAAAUACAACAUUCAACCAUCGUUUCCUGUAAAGAAACUGUUUCAUAUGAGUUUACAUCUAGCUUAUGUCUUAAACAAGCUGGAAUUUUAGACAGAACACCUUCAGAAAAUUAUGGGGAAUCUAUCUUCAAUAAUUUGCCGUUGUCGAUUUCUGUUAAGCUUAAUAAACCUUUUGGAAUAAGUAUGCAGCCCGAUUCUUACAUGAUAUCAGUACGUUUUCUACAACCUCCAGAUAUGUAUGCGCAGGAAUUCCUCGUGUAUCACCUGAUGGCUUUUGGAAUCAAUAAAUUAUCUUCUUAA